UUCUGGUUAAGACAGAGGAAGUCAGUGUCAGACUCAGUCACUGUCAGGCGAGUGUCUCAGAAAGCUGUAGCUCUCUAAUCUAUGACAGCAUGAUGAACCUGCUUUAUAUCUUUUUAUUGGUCCUUUGGUCAGCUUUCAAUUCGUCUGAUGCAUGGUACUAUACAGAGCCGCCUCCCACUACAACUCAACCUUCACUAACAGAAGCAUCUUCAAAUCCCUGCCAAUAUUGGAACAAUACACCAUGUGAUUGGACCACUACACAAGCCCCAUGGAGGAGACGAUAUUACCAGAUGACAACACAAACCCCAUGGAGGAGAUCGUAUUACCAGAUGCCAACACAAGCCCCAUGGAGGAGAUCGUAUUACCAGAUGCCAACACAAGCCCCAUGGAGGAGAUCGUAUUACCAGAUGCCAACACAAGCCCCAUGGAGGAGAUCGUAUUACCAGAUGCCAAAAGCACAAGCCCCAUGGAGGAGAUCGUAUUACCAGAUGCCAACACAAGCCCCAUGGAGGAGAUCGUAUUACCAGAUGCCAACACAAGCCCCAUGGAGGAGAUCGUAUUACCAGAUGCCAACACAAGCCCCAUGGAGGAGAUCGUAUUACCAGAUGCCAACACAAGCCCCAUGGAGGAGAUCAUAUUACCAGAUGACAACACAAACCCCAUGGAGGAGAUCGUAUUACCAGAUGCCAACACAAGCCCCAUGGAGGAGAUCGUAUUACCAGAUGCCAACACAAACCCCAUGGAGGAGAUCGUAUUACCAGAUGCCAACACAAACCCCAUGGAGGAGAUCGUAUUACCAGAUGCCAACACAAGCCCCAUGGAGGAGAUCGUAUUACCAGAUGCCAACACAAGCCCCAUGGAGGAGAUCAUAUUACCAGAUGACAACACAAGCCCCAUGGAGGAGACGAUAUUACCAGAUGCCAACACAAACCCCAUGGUGGAGACGAUAUUACCAGAUGACAACUCAAAGCCCCUCCAGGAGGAGACCGUAUUACCAGACGCCAACGUCAUAUUGGCGCAACCAAGAUGCCCCAGUGCCCAGCAUCACAGUGUUCAGGCAGAUGCAGGACAGAGAGCAUGUGAUAGUGAUGUGUUCAUUUGGCAGGAGGUUCACUGAGAGCUCUUUCCAGCUGUCAGUGAAGGGUGAACACAGCUACACACUGAAGAACCCACUGUGUUAUUCAAAUGAAAAGUGUGUGUUUGAUGUGAAAGUGAGCUCACCUGUUUCCUUCACCUGUGUGCAUGAGAUUAAUUCUGUGGUGAACCAUCACAGUGAGACCUACACCUACAGCCCAUCUGCUCAACCCACCGACAUGAGAACACCAGAUAACGAGAAGCAGAUCUUGGAUUUUUAUAAGGAAGGAGUAUCUUUAUUCUACGUCUGUUUUUUCACCUUCAUUGCUGUUGGUCUCAUUAUCAUGACUGCAGCAGUGAUCAUCACCUUCAUCAGGAGCAAAGCUAAAGGUUCAAAGAUUACUGGGGCAGCUAAUGACUAUAAAGAUGUAUAAGAAGACAGAGUUUCUCUGAAGAGGAAAGAAUGGACAACUAAUCAAUUAAUCAAUUCAGACUGAUCAAAUCAUUUUCUGCACGCUGAACUGUGAUAUACUCAUAUAUAUAUAUAUAUAUAUAUAUAUAUAUAUAUAUAUAGUGAAGGAAUUUUUUUAAUUAAUCAUAAUAUUCCUUUUUCUUGCAAGAUUAACAUUUAUAUGCUUUUGAAAACUAUAUGUCCACACUUGGGCCAGAGUUAGUGUGUCUGAAUAUAACAAAAGAGGAAACAAAACUAAAUGGCUGUCUAAAUAUAUAUUUUCUUUAACCUCAUGACCCUAUCAACAAGCUGAAGUAUCAAAGAAUCCAGAUUUGUUUUUACCUAGUAACAGAGAAUUAUACAUAUGAAGAACCAAUCAUAUUAGAAAAAAUUGAUGUAAUGAAUCAUGUCACAUUUUCUAUACACUUAUUCUAUAGAAAGUGUUGUACUCUUUUGCUCUCUCUGAAAUUGGUCUGUGAUCCUCCUAGCUGUGAUUAAAGCAUAUUCAAAGGCA